CAUGGAACAAUAGAGAGAAUAAUUUUAACAAGUGUAAUCAGAUUCAGACAUACGAGAACGAGCGACGGAGCCAUUGAAAAGGGAGAAGUCCUUUAUUACUACUACUACUAUAGGAGUCCAUCCAUGGUUAGAAGGAGCUGAUUGGCCAUACUACACUCUUCUGAUGGGAGGUUCCCCAAGCUGCCAGGUGGCAGCUGUUGAUAUGAAAGGUCCAGUGGCUGAAAAUGUCAGAAAUAAGAUUAGGGAAAACUGUGUUGUGAUCUUUUCAAAAACUUAUUGCCCAUACUGCAAGAUGGCUAAAAAGGUGUUUGAUGACCUGGGGACACCUUAUGAAGUCUAUGAAAUAGACAAAGAAAAAGAUGGAGUUGCAGUUCAGGAUGUUUUGGACAUCAUGACAGGAGCCAGAACAGUACCACGUGUAUUUGUAGGUGGAAAAUUCAUAGGUGGUGGCACAGAGACACGGCAACUGUAUAAGGAUGGGAAAUUGGUUGAGCUUGUUGGGCAGUGCAGUGUCAACUCUUAG